UUCUUUUUUCAUAAACCAUGAUUCAUAAGCGAUUAACUUCAGACCCACCUCUGCAAGACCAAUUGGGAGCAUUAGUACAUGAUUCUUCCAGUGAAGUUCACGCGAAAAAAUGUGAUUAUGUAAGAGAAUGCGAACUUCCAUUGAUAGAUCUUGGGGGCUUAAUGAGUGGUGACCAGAGAAAAAAAAGAAAGUGUGUGGAAGAUAUUGCAAAAGCUUCGGCCGAAUGGGGAUUCUUUCAAGUUGUGAAUCAUGGGAUUAGUCAAGAACUUCUUGAGGAAAUGAGACGAGAACAAAUGAAGGUUUUUCAGAUGCCAUUUGAGAAAAAAGCUAGUUGUGGACUUCUAAAUGAUUCAUAUAGGUGGGGAAAUCCGACAGCUACCUCUUCUAAGCAGUUCUCAUGGUCUGAAGCUUUUCAUGUGCCUCUGACAAAGAUUUCAGAAAAAGAUUGCUACGGAGAGUACACUUCUCUAAGGGACGUAAUGGAAAACUUUGCAGCAGCAAUGGCGAAACUAGCUCGAUUACUUGCUGGAGUUCUAGCCGAGAAUCUAGGUCACCCUCAGUCAGUUUUCGACAAAAUUUGCAAUGAUAACACCUGCUUCCUUCGCUUGAAUCGCUAUCCAAAGUGUGAAAUAUCACCUGAAAUGGUUGGUUUAAUCCCUCAUACUGACAGUGACUUUCUCACCAUUCUGUAUCAAGAUCAAGUUGGGGGGUUACAGUUGAUGAAGGAUUCCAAAUGGGUUGCAGUAAAACCGCACCGAGAAGCUUUAAUUGUUAACAUUGGAGAUCUUUUCCAGGCUUGGAGCAAUAAUGAAUAUAAGAGUGUCGAACACAAAGUGAUGGCUAAUGCAAAAAUGGAGAGAUAUUCAAUUGCUUACUUUCUAUGCCCUUCUUAUGAUUCCAUGAUAGGAAGUUGUAAGGAGCCUUCUCUCUACAAAAAAUUUACCUUCGGAGAAUUCAGAAAACAAGUUCAAGAAGAUGUGAAGAAAACGGGACAAAAAAUUGGCCUUGCAAGAUUUCUGCUUUAAGGGACCAUCCAUAAAUCAUACUUCCAUUUUCUGACACAAAUUAGUUCACGGGUCUUUCAGAACUAAGCUAGAGCUGAUUCAGGGGACAAGUUUUCUCAUAGAGGAAAAAGCAAUCCAGAUAAAAAUUCUGACCCUGGCAAACUUGAGCUAGAAGUAUCCAUUUCUCCACUUCCGUCCUACAUAUCUUUUAAAAUAUAUACCUUCUUAGUAGUACAUACAUUUUUAUAUACAAAAAUACAUAUACGCCAUAGUUUUAUAUCCUUCAUUUCCAUGGACGACUAGUUUAGUAAUCUUUGAUUUUUUGACAAUGCUAAUUUCCAGCAUAAACAUAUACAGACAAUAUCUGAUCCUGCCCUGAUUAUACUCACAAAAUUAAUUUUUACACUGCACAAGCAAAAUAAGGGAAUGAAAGAUAGGUAUAUUAAAAGAUAGAGCAUGUUCAAAAGUUGACUCUUGUGUUGUAUUGUUACAAUUUGUUAGGAAGUAUAUAUUAAUGUAAGUUUCAUUUUAUUCUAUUUAUAAUACUAUAUUUU